AUGUCUAAUAAAAUAUUUUAACAAAUCUCAACUAGUUCAUUACACUAUUUUUAAUUACAAUCAAAAUUCUUAAACAAAAACAAAAAUCAAAUAGAAUUGCUCUGUUAUGAUAAUUAAUUAUAUAGGAAGGUAUUAUCUAACAAUAUACUAAGUCACAAAAAUCGCUUAAAUUUGUCAUUCUGAAUAGUGCUCUUAGAUUUUAAAUUAAACAUGAAUAAGCUUCGAUUAUUUUAAGAUUAGAGAAAGAUGAAUGUAAUUUUAAAGAAUACUUAUUCCUUGAUAAAGCUGAACCUUGGGAAAAGAAAUUAAAAUCUAAGAUUCCUUAAUUGGAUUAUCAAACUUAUUAUGAAUUAGAAAAAUUAGUUGGGAAUGGUAGUUAUGCUUCUGUAUACAUUGCUAAAAAGAAAUUAGAUGGAUCUAAAGUGGCGAUUAAGGCAUUUUUAAAGAAAAUGUUAAUACAAAUAAAUCCAAAUUCAUGGAGAGUAUAACUUUGAUUAGAUAAUAGUUAUCAAUAGAAAAUGAGAUAAAAGUGAUGAAAUCAUUAGAGCAUCCAAGUAUUUUAAAAAUUCAUGAUCAUUUUGAAAAUAGAGCUUAAUCAUAUAUUGUAAUGGAUUUAGCAAGAGGAGGAACUCUUGAAUAAGGAUUAAAAAAGUUAGAAGAACCUUUACCAUUUUUAACAGUGAAGGUUAUUUUUAGAUAAAUAGUAGAGGCUAUUAAAUAUAUACAUUAAUAAGGAUUUAUGCAUAGAGAUUUGAAACCAAGUAAUAUUUUAUUGAAGAAACCAAUGAAUUUAAAAUAGUUUUCACUAAAAGCAUAACAAGAUCCAAAUAUAGUAAUAAGUGAUUUUGGUGUUAGUUCAGAAAUAAAAGAUGAAAUGGAUGUAGCGAAAUAUUGUGGUUCUUUUGGAUUUAUGGCACCUGAAAUAUUUGAUUGUGAAGAGAAUAAGAAUGUUAGUUAUGAUGAAAAAUGUGAUAUCUUCAGUCUUGGUUGUAUUCUUUAUAGAUUGUAAUUUAAUAAGUAUAUAAAUAAGAAUUACUAAUAAACCAUUAUUUGAUUCCUAAAAUCAAAUAGUUUUGAAAUAACAGAAUAAGGAAUGUAAUUUAGAUUGGAUUAAGAUCAGAGUAGAAUUAUUUGAUAACAAAUAACUGACUAAUUUAUUGAUGAAAAUGUUAUCAAAGGAACCAAAAAAAAGGCCAAGUUGUUCAGAUAUAUUAACAACAAAGAUUUUAUAUGUGGAAUAUGAUAAUGAAGGAUGUCCUCUAUUUAUUGAUUACAAGUAGCCCAAAUCCUAAUCUAUCUAAUAGGUGAAAACUUCUAGACCUUCAAUAAAAUCGAUAAGUAAUAAUAGAUUACCUUAAAUAUCUCCUAAUCUAUAUUACAAUCUUCAAAAUAAUAAUAAUAAUACAUAAAAUAAAAGAUCUGGAUAUUUUGUAUUACCUCCUAUAAAGAAUAGAUUAUAAACAGAAUAAUGUAAAUAUUGA